AUGUUGAAUAAAUAUAAUGUCAACAAGAAGGCAACCUUUCAAAUAAGCUCUGAAGUCGGAAGGAAAUUUAAAAAGUUGCUGAGGGCUUUCGCAACGUCCCCUAGCCAGGCAGAACACGAGGUGGAGGUUGUUGAGGAGGAGGGGAGGUUUGUGGCCAACUUCGUCCCAACCGAAACAGGUAUUUGGCAGAUAGUGAUAGAGGUGAAUGGACGUCCGAUCAAAGGCUGUCCUUUCAAUGUCAAAGUUGACGAGGUCACCCAGGUGAAGGUCAUCUUUAAGGAUAGGAAUGUGGUGGGCAGGCUGGUCGAUUUCAAGGUCGAAGUAGCAGGCUGUUCAGGCCACGACAUCAACAUCAGCAUCUUUCACGAUGACGUCAUCGUUAAUCCUCGCAUCCAAAGAUACUCAAUAGAUGAAGAUACAGAGGUCUUCCAUGUUGAAUUUUCUCCAAACGGAAGUGGAAUUCAUCUGGUCAACGUUACUGUAGAUGGGAAGAAUGUGGAAGGCACUCCAUUCGAGUUGAUGGUGAACGACGCCGAUGACGUCAUUGUGACGGGGAGGGGUUUGUUGGAGGGAUGGGUGGGUGAGGUGGUUGAGAUUUUUAUCGAUGUUGGUCUCAACGGGGUGGCUCAGCAGUUGCGUGUCUUCGUUCAAGAUGCAGUUGGAGGGGGGCAGGUGGAGACGAAACUGCGGGACAACCGGAAUGGGACGGUCACUUGCUCCUACCUGCCUGUCGACGAAGCAAAAUUUGAGGGCAUGAAAGUUGACAACUUAGCACGAGUCACCGUUAAAAAUUUCAAUUUUAUUCUGGGUAAGCACAGCGUCCACGUCAUCUACUUCAACAAGGUCUACAAAACCAGUCAACGCAACAACAACAUCAACAACAACAUCAACAUCAACAACAUCAACAUCAACAACAACAACAUCAUCAACAUCAACAUUGGACCAACACAACGACAAAAACUAAACUACUGGUGCUACUCAACAACGUAUCAUACACACACACCUGGAUUGUACAGAGUCAAUGUGGUGCCUAAUCAGAUAGGAAAGUACAAGAUCGAGGUCAUGACGCCAUCACGUGACGUCAUUAUAACACGUGACCUUUUUGUUUACAACGUGGCCGCCAUUGUUGUCAGUCCAGUUUCUAUGGCGACAGUUGGGGAGACUGUCAAAAUGAGAGUUGACCUCAGCAAAGCGGGUCAAGGUCAGAUGGAGGUAAAGGUCAACGGGGGCAAGGUGAUGAACAGGGUGGAGAAGGUGGGGCAUCACGUUUUUGUCGUGUCGUUCGUUCCAACGGAGGACGUCGUUCACGUGGUUGAGGUCAGGUUCAAUGGGGAGAGUCUGCCACGACUCAUUACGAUCCCAGUAAACGCUCCCACCAACAACAACCGACCAAUCAAAUCUCAGGACACAUCCAAACGAGAGACUUACAUAUCGACUUCAGCAAAUCAGAGUUCAACUUUUAAAAUAAAAAACUGGACAAAUCUGAAAACCAACAAACUGACCGCUAUUGUUCAGUCUCCUUCCGGUGAAGUGGUUCCGUGCAAGUUGGUCCGACAACCUGAUGAUGACGUCAGCGUACAUUUCAAAAGUCCUUACACUGGUAAGCACAAAGUAAACAUUUACAACGACGACGUUCUCAUGUCGGCACUAUCUCCCUUCUAUGUGGAAGUCUUCGAUCCCUCACUUAUCCGCAUUAUCUCUCCACACGAUGCUGAAGUCAACACUAUUGUGAGGAUUGAAAUCAGCACAUUAGGAGCGGGCCAGGCCAAUAUGCAAACAAACAUAUUGGGGCCUUCCAACGAACAAGUGGGUCACGAAGUUCUUAAAACUUCUAAUGGUUUCAGUGUGUUGUACACGCCCCAUUGCACUGGUAUUUUCCGAAUUUUUGUCUACUAUGGCGGCAUAUUAGUACCAGGGUGCCCCAUAAAACAGAUGAUAACGAACACUGACGACAUCGAGACAAAUGGAGAUGGUUUAAAAGGAGGAAUUGAGGGCCACUUGAUGAAGUUCAUGAUCAACACGAAAGGUCACCCAGGACAAUUGAAGGUCGUUGUUGAAGGCCAAAUUUUCACGAAUUUUAAUAUAGCCUACGCCUCUGCCAUGCUAGAUUUUUUCAAAUAUUUUAAAUUACAUCAGCAAACACAAACAAAAGGCCCAAACAGUUUGGCCAGGACUCAAAUCUACGAAGAGUCAAAAAACCAGUACCUAGUCAAUUUCACGCCAGAAGAAGUUGGAUUUUUCAAGGUCAGUGUUCUCUGCAACAACAGCCACGUGACUGGCAGUCCUUUCAAGGUGAACGUGUGGAACGCUGAAAAAGUGAAGGUUCACGGAGGGUGGCCCUUGCUGCUCUCAGACACGACCACCAGCCAGAGCAAUCACGACGUCAGCAGCAUCAACAACAUAUUCAAACACAGCAGCAACGACAUUUCAAAGGACGACAACCUCUACUACAACGAUAAAAAAGCCGGAGAGUUAGAACUGUUGAAAGAUGAAAUGAGAAGAUUUGUGUUGAACGUCAAUGAAGCUGGCUACGGUCGUUUAAAAGCGAAUGUAAGAAACAAGCAUGGAGAGGUCCCAGUGGAGAUCGUGAAGGUGGGUGAGGGGUUGUUGCAAGUAUCUUUCACGCCAAGAAUUGAAGGUUUGUUUGUUCACGUAGACUGA